UUCCAGUCCUUCCUCCCGUCGCGCUCUGCAGAGCCACAGACGGUCCUCCAGCUCCGUGCAGCCCGGUGCGAAGAUGGUUGGCGGCGUGUGUGCUCGCAGGUUGGCCCGCCGGUCGCGGUCCGCCCUGAUAGCUGCCCUCACGGUGCUGCUGGUGCAGACGCUGAUUGUGUGGAACUUCAGCAGCCUCGACUCCGGCGAAGACAGGGAAAACGGAGGCUCCAACGUGCGGGAGAAGAGGGACAACAAAGCCGCUGGCAGCGAUUUCCAGCACGGGGUCCACCAGCGGCAGCGGCAGCAUCUUCCUCCGCCCGGGAAGGGGACGUCUCGCCACAUACAGCAGCCGGAUGGAUAUUACUCCCACAGGCCGAAGGAGAAAAGUAGAGUGGACAGCAACAAUGAGAACUCUGUGCCCAAAGACUUUGAGAACAUAGACAAUAGUAACUUCGGUGCGCGCUCACAGCCACACCGGCAGUCUGUAGGGGCCACCAUCGGCAAGCGGGAGAAUCUGCAGGAGAAGGCCCACGCCCAGCAGCAGGCCUGGCGGGACAGCUCCCCAAGUCUGGGCCGCAGCUCAAACGAAGUGCUGCCUGUAGGCCACCAGCCGCUGGUAGUGGGCAACAAUGCCUCCUACCCAGGUGGUCGGGGCAUCGCAGGAGAGUCGCAGCAACACUACCAUACCUCGCAGGCCCAGCAAGCACAGUCGCAGCACAGACAUCAGCACCCACACAGGAGGCAGUCGACUGCAGCACCGCUGGAGGUGACUUACGACCAGCCACCUAAGUGUGAGAUCAGUGGGAAGGAAGCCAUUUCAGCUCUAUCCAGAGCCAAGAGCAGGGAGUGCCGGCAACAGAUUGCUGAAGUGUACUGCAGACACAAGGAAGGGCAGUUAAUGCCCGAGAAGGUCACUCGCUACUGCCCCCUCGAGGGUAAAGCCAAUGCUAACGUCCAGUGGGAUGAGGACUCCGCUGAGAGCUUUCCAUCAAAACCAGUGAGAAUAGCGUUUGUCCUGGUGGUCCAUGGACGAGCCUCUCGCCAGUUUCAACGCCUCUUCAAAGCCAUCUACCACACCUCGCACUACUACUACAUACACGUCGAUCAGCGCUCUAACUACCUGCACAGGCAGGUACAUGCCUUGGCUGCCCAGUAUACGAAUGUGAGGGUGACACCCUGGCGCAUGGCCACUAUCUGGGGCGGUGCCAGUCUGCUGACCAUGUAUCUUCGCAGCAUGGCGGACCUGCUGGCCAUGAGGGACUGGAGCUGGGAUUUCUUCAUCAACCUCAGCGCUGCCGACUACCCCAUCAGGACCAAUAACCAGCUGGUGGCCUUCCUGUCUAAAUACAGAGACAUGAACUUCAUCAAGUCCCACGGCAGGGACAAUGCCAGGUUUAUCCGUAAGCAGGGUCUGGAUCGUCUGUUCUACGAGUGUGACACCCACAUGUGGAGGCUGGGUGACCGUAAAAUCCCAGAAGGCAUCUCCGUGGAUGGUGGAUCAGACUGGUUCCUUCUCAACCGCGUGUUCAUCGAAUAUGUCAUCAACUCCAAGGACGACCUGGUAACCAACAUGAAGCGCUUCUACGCCUACACUCUGCUGCCUGCUGAGUCAUUCUUCCACACUGUGCUGGAGAACAGUGCCCACUGUGAGAGCAUGGUGGAUAACAACCUGCGCAUCACCAACUGGAACCGCAAACUGGGCUGCAAGUGCCAGUACAAGCACAUUGUCGAUUGGUGUGGAUGUUCCCCGAAUGACUUCAAGCCUGCAGACUUCCACCGCUUCCAGCAAACGGUGCGGCCCACCUUCUUUGCCAGGAAGUUUGAAGCCAGCGUGAACCAGGAGAUAGUGAACCAGCUGGAUGCCUACCUGUUUGGACCGUUUCCCCAGGGAACGCCAAGCCUAAAUUCAUACUGGGAGAGCGUGUACGACGAGCCAGAUGGCGUGGCCAGUCUGUCGGACACGCAGCUCACAUACUACCACUCCUUCUCCCGACUGGGCCUGGCCAGAGCUGCCACCUCGCUGCAGGGAAACCCACAGGAUCACAGCUGCAGGUACUUCCCCAUGGGCCACCCGGUGUCAGUGCAUCUCUACUUCCAGUCAGACCAAUUCCAGGGCUACCUGGUCAAGCACCAUGCCACCAAUCUGGCCACUAGCAAGCUGGAGACAAUGGAGACCUGGGUGGCACCCAAAAAGAACUUCAAGCUAACCACCCCUCCCAGCAGCACCUUCAGCAGGUUGCAGUUUGCAGAGAUUGGUACAGAGUGGGAUGCCAAAGAACGUAUGUUCCGAAACUUCGGCAGUCUGAUGGGUCCCAUGGAUGAGACGGUGGGAAUGCAGAAGUGGAGUAAGGGUCCUAAUGUCACCGUCACCGUCGUGUGGAUCGAUCCCACCAAUGUCAUCGCAGCCACUUAUGACAUUCUGAUUGACGCCAGCGCAGAGUUCACCCACUACCGCCCACCGCUCAACCAGCCGCUGCGGCCUGGUGUGUGGAGCGUCCGUAUCCUGCACCACUGGAGCCCUGUGGCAGAGAUGCACUUCCUUAUUGCCCCGUUGGCUUUUAAUAAGCACCAGCCCAUACGACAAGAGGAUACUCUGAAGCUCCACAACGGGCCAGAGAAGAACAGCUACAUGGAGCAGAGUUUCCACGGCCUCAACCCGGUGCUCAACAUCCCUGUCAGCCUGGGCUACGUGGAGCAGGCCAAGAGGAAUGCGGCCCUGACCGGCCCGGAGCUUGAGCGUUGGUUAGACAGCCUAGUGGGCGAGUUGUGGGAGGCAGCCGACGUCUGCGCCGUGGGCCCUACCGCCUGCCCUGUCAUGCAGGCCUGCCCCAAGAACCCUUGGAGCUCCCUGAGCCCAGACCCCAAGUCCCAACUGGGAGCACCACGGGCUGACGGUCGUAUCAGGUAGCAGCAGAGGCCACGGCACAGGAGAUUCACUGUUGAUUUUUAUUUAUUUAAGGGUUUUGUUGCAGGGGGGGGGGAGUGUGUGUGGGGGGGGUGAGGAUGUCUGGACAGAAUGAUUUUCACAUCCUCCCACGGGGUUCCUCCUUUUAGGGGAUUAUGCCGGCUUUGCUAUUUCAGUUUCUCAGUGUAUUUAUUUUUCUUCUCAUGGCUGAGUUUUACUGUGAUCAAACGUUGCAAUUUCUCGAGCAUUUAUUUUGCUGCUGAAUGAAUUAUGAAGUCAGCUUUUAAAGCCCUGCACGGGGCACAGCGGUCAUGUGAGUGAAUUGUCAACGCUGGUAUUAGAUGAUGGUCUGCUGCAAAAGGGCCUUAGCUGUAAGACAUAUAUAAGGAGGUACCCCCCUAAAUGUGCCUCCUUACAUGUAUGUCAACAUAAACUAGAUGAUAAUAAUAUCUGAGUGUUCAGAUACACUCAGUUACCACCAGUUGAAAAAAGAUUCUCAGAAACUUUGAACAACAAAGAUUUUAGGAUUAUUAAAACCAGUUACAUCAAAACUCUUGAGUGUCUGAUAGUUCACUGACUCAGUUUGUAAAUCAGUAGAAUAAAUCAGUAACAGCAGCACAACUUCUUUCAGUUCAGUGCCUGAUCAGGAUGUGGAACUGACAAAGACAACUGUGGCUGGGCAAACCAUCUGCUGCAGCCACACUGCGUAAAUAUGGGGAAAGAGAAAUGCAAAUACAGAGGCCUUCUCAGAGUAAUUAAAUCUAUUUGGAUUAUAAUAGAAUUUUAAUGUAGACAUUUUAGUGUUCUAAAUUCAUAAAUGUAUCAUUUGUGGUUGUUGUACAAUAGUAUUUUAAGGCUUAACAUUCACAUAGUGUAGGUUUUCUUUAAUAAAACCCAGAUGUCGUGACAGGCAGGGGACAAAGAGAGAAUUGUUUUGUCCGUCUUGGUUUUCUUACCAAUCUGCCACAAACUUGAAACACAAUUAUCUCAAGCAGACCUUAAAUUCUCAUCCGUGUUCUCGCUGUGAUGUUUUUUGUUUUGUUUUUUUUACUUUCAGUCAUUUCAAUGACACUUUAUGUUGUACAUGGUUAUACAUGAAGUCUCAAAAACUGUGUGAAUGAGGGGGUGAGUCCAGGAGUCGCUAUUUAUUUCUAAGUUUAUAUUAAUACUGAUAUUUUUAGUCAGUGACUAAAUAACUGCAACGCUGCCUUGGCAGCAUGAUAAAUAUUUUUUUGUAAAGAAAGCCGCCUUUAUUUACAAAGGCCAACUCCCCAUUAAUUAUGCUGUACCUUUUUAUGGCCCCUUACCUGCGUGUUAGUCAGUGUUGUCCUGUCUGAAUAGAUCUUCUUGUCUUGGUUUCUUACAUGGCUGUUUGCCAAGUGCAUCACAACAGAAAGCCACCCUGACCUGUGAGGUCAGAGGUGAGCUACCCAACAGCCUUGCCAAACAGAGAAGAUGAACAGAAACUCUCUUCACAGCUAAACACAUUCGACAACGUCUGGAUCGAAGGAGAAACUGUGCGUUUUGGUGUUUAAUGGGUCCUGUCAGUUUCAGAAUGAUCAUGAGUGGUAGUGAUCUUCAUGCUGUGACGAUAAUGUACAAUUUCAAGUGAGUAUUAUAUUGUGUCUUGAUUGCAAAAUGCAUCAUUUAUUAGAUUGGGUCCAUGGCACCUUUUUCAACUCUUAUCUACAUUGGAAGUACCUUUUCUGCCAUUAAGACAAUCUCUGGACAUUUGAGACAACACUGAGGGUAGCACUGUACCCCAACACAUACUAAACAAGAGGUACAGUCCGAUAUUUGUUUUACUUUGAAAAAAGUUUCAUCUGAAGCCAAUUAGGAGUUCAAUCUGUGAUUGUCAACAUUGUUUAGCCACCAUAUGCGCUAAGUGAGUGUUUUUGCACAGGCUAAUUAAGAGACAUUACUGUUCAUUAAUGUCAAGUUCACCUUGCCUCUCUGUUGGAUGUGUCGAUUAUAAUUGCUAUCACUCCCUCCCUCUCAAAACACAGUUUCUGGGGUUGUGCUGUAAAGGACUAUUUUUGUUUUUCACUGGCCGGCUUCUGCUGCCAACUUUUAAAUUACAGUGCCACCGUGCUCAGAGCAGUUACUUCACACGAUACAUAUUAUUAUGUGAGCUCAAUGACAAUUUUGGAAAAGGUGAAUUAAAUAAGUGUAACUCAUUGUGGAAGUCCUAUUUUGUAACAAAAUGAUUAACAAAUGAAGAAGGUGUACAUAGGUAUUUUGUAUUGAAAUAUUGUUUAAAAGGUAUUGUACAUGUAAAUACAGAAGUGGUUAAAUGACAUUGAAUUAUUAAGAGUUUUUGAAGUGUCAAUAACUGGGCACAAAGAGUGAAUUGAUGGUGUUUAUUGAUCAAAAUACAUAACCUGUUUCAGUGUUUUUGGACAGCUGUGACGACAACCGUGUCCUAUUUGCCUCAGAGAAAAUCACAUGCCAGAUUGUUGUUGUACUUGCUGGAAUGUAAUGUUGAGCAACUGUUGCACAAAUUUCUCUGAACUGACGUUUCCCCUAUUAUUUUUUUCCGGGGGGGCUCUGUGUGCCUUAGCUGACUUUUAGAACCUUCUCUGUCCAUUAAAAGAAAAAAACUUAUUUUGAUAUUUGAUUUGAUCUUAUGUGAAGAAUACCAUGAGUUUGUUGAGUGAGUCACUGGUACUGCAACACCAAAAAGAUGUCUGCUGUUGUAAAUAUCAUCUGGCCUUCUGUCUUGAUCAGCUUUUAUUUUGUUCUUCCCUUUGGGGGAUUUUGUUUAGUUGUAUUUGACUGGCUUGUUUUACUUUUCUCUGACUGCUUUUUGGAAAUAAAAUUCUAUGGAAAAACA